CUUAUUUGAAUAUUAUAAAUAAAAUUAAAUAAAUCAUUGGACGUGAAAUAAUUUGGAAUGUCUGUGGUGAAAUCUUGCCCUGGCUUGUAUUGUGGGCGGACUGAUCUAGGCAAUGGUGUCUGGAGUGAAUGUGGUGCUUGCCCCCGAGGGUUUCGUACAAAUGACUCAAGUUACUGUACUCCAUGUACGGAAGAACCCUCCCUUUACGACUGGCAGUAUCUAGGAUUCAUGGUUCUUCUACCUUUGGUGUUGCACUGGUUCUUUAUUGAUAUGGUAGCGAUCGGAAAAAGUAAAUCUGGAGUAAUAGCUCAGCAUAUCUGUGCAUUUACUGAGGUAGUAACGGGAACCCUAGCAGCAUUGCUAGUAUUACCUCCGACAGGUUCAAUAGCUUUGUUUGUGUGCACUCCUAAAGCUCUGUCUGAUUGGUACACUCUUCUGCACAACCCACAACCUGAUUAUAAGGAAACAUUGCAUUGUACACAAGAAGCAGUUUAUCCUUUGUACACAAUAGUUUUAUUGAUAUAUGCAUUCAGUUUAUUAAUGACAAUACUAUUGAGGCCAUGGAUUUUAACUUGGUACACUUUGAAUCCAGGAAAGAAAGCUAUUUAUUGUGCUUUAUAUUUUUACCCAAUACUUGUUCUCAUACACACAGUUGCUGCUGGUUUAAUAUAUUGUUCCUUCCCUUACAUAGUGAUUAUAAUUUCUAUGAUGACAUCUGCGUCUCACUUCUCUAUCAAGCUUGACCAAUCAGCACCAGCAUUAUUAAAGUCAUCAAUUUCCAAUACUAGAAAUCUUGUCAUAUUAAUCGGACACUGGCUGGUACAUGCAUAUGGUAUAUUAUCUCUGACCGGUUUCAAGGAAUUAUGGUAUUUAUCUCUCGUACCAGCACCAGCUUUAUUUUAUAUCCUAACAGCUCAGUUCACGGACCCUAUGAAGUUACACAAUGAUUGACAGAUACAGUGCUCAUAUGUGAAGCCAAUAUUGAACUGACAUAUUAUAGUAUUCAAUAUUUUACACAGCUCAUGGUCACCGCACUGCGCAGAUAAAAAUUGUAUUUUACACAGCAACUUGUGUGAUGUACUAAGCCACUAAGAUAUUUGAUCUAUAUGGGAUAUCUUCUCGCUCACAGAGAUUUCCCUAAUCCGAGUUUCUUGCUUAUCAAGGUUGUCUGUCAGGACUAUACUCUCGAUAGUCCAGGUUCAACUAUGGUUUAUAAACCAUAUAAACCGCAGUUGGUAACAAUUGUGCACUUCUGCCCAAUAUGCUUAUGUAUACUGAUGCUUGUUUUCUGGUUAUUACACAGAAAUGAAAUAU